UUUCAUUUCAAGCCUGUGCUCUUCUCAAGGCAGCAGGAAGGGACUAAGAUUGUUACCUAUGGCUGAAGACAAAGCCAACAGAAACCCACUUAAGAUUUUAGAAUCUAUGGGCAAAGAACUCCUUACUGGCAUUUUAGAUGACUUGGUGGAAAAAAAUGUCCUGAAAUUGGAGGAAGAAGAGAAGAAAAAAAUUAAUGAUGCCAAGCUUGGAGACAAGGCCCGGAUCUUAUUGGACUCUUUGCAACAGAAACGCCACGAAGCAGGUCAAGCCUUUGCUCAAACCUUCUUAAACAUAGACAAAAAUUCCACCAGUGUAAAAGCUCCUGAGGAAAUUGUGGCUGGACCAGAUGAGUCAGAAGAAUCUACAGAUACCCUCAAGCUUUGCCCUCAUGAAGAAUUUCUGAAACUCUGUAAAGAAAGGGCUGAAGAGAUCUAUCCAAUAAAGGAGAGAACUGCCCGCACUCGUCUGUCUCUCAUCAUAUGCAAUACAGAGUUUGAUCAUCUCCCUCUCAGAAAGGGGGCUGACCUUGACAUCAUGGGAAUGAAGGGGCUGCUUGAGGGCCUUGGCUACAGUGUGGAAGUGGAAGAGAAACUCACAGCCAAGGAUAUGGAAUCAGUACUGUGGGGAUUUGCUGCCCGAGAAGAGCACAAGUCUUCAGACAGCACAUUCUUAGUGUUCAUGUCUCAUGGCAUCCUGGAUGGGAUCUGUGGGACUAUGCAUAGCGAUGAAAACCCAGAUGUGCUACCUUAUGACACCAUCUUCCGGAUAUUCAACAACCGCAAUUGCCUCAGUCUAAAGGACAAACCCAAGGUCAUCAUUGUCCAGGCUUGCAGAGGUGCAAAUCGUGGGGAAUUGUGGGUCAGUGACUCUCCAGCUGCCCUGGCAGACAGCUCUUCACAGUCACCGGAGAACCUAGAGGAGGAUGCCGUUUACAAGACCCACGUGGAAAAGGACUUCAUUGCUUUCUGUUCUUCAACCCCACAUAAUGUGUCCUGGCGAGACAUCACAACAGGUUCUCUCUUCAUUACACAACUCAUCAUAUGCUUCCAAAAAUAUGCUUGGCGCUGUCAUCUAGAGGAAGUAUUUAGGAAGGUACAACAAUCAUUUGAAAAACCAAGUGUUAAAGCCCAGAUGCCCACCAUUGAACGACUCUCCAUGACGAGAUAUUUCUACCUCUUUCCUGGCAAUUGAAAAUAAAAAUCACAAGAAGUUCAUCCGUUUAUCAGCUUCAAGAAGCACCUUUACCAGUACAGCAUGCAUGUUUAACAUUUUGUCUUUCAAGGAAAUUGAAAACAAAUGAACUAGUUUUUUGGAGGUCCUCUAAGAGAAAAUAGAAUUUCAAUUAAAAUGGUAGAUGAAUGGAAAUAAAGUGGAAGAAGCAAACUGGAUCUUCUAGUUUCAUUGCAUACAAUGUCUGCACUUUAUUGAGUGAGGGGAACUGAUCAUGACUUGCCCUCAGCAAUAGGGUGAAAGGAUACGGUGCCCAUCUGGAGACAAGAACUACAUAUUGGUCAGUUCCUCUGUAUACUCAUCAAACCCUAGGUCUAGAAUGGUUCAGUAUAAGUUUUCUAAUGUAUUAUUUAUACAACAUCAUAACUUGAGUUCAAUUUUUUCUUCAGUGAGUUAUUAUGAUUUUAGUGAACUAACCUAUGUAGCUUUCUUCCUAUCUAUAAGUUAAUUUACUUUCUUGUUGAUUUUUUUCCAUAUUUCUGCAUAUUUCCAAGCUUUGGGAAAAUGUUAUUAUUUACCAAACACUUGGUUAUUGUCUAAAAUAAAUUGGGCUUUUGAUUCAAGAUUGUGUAACUGAGUGUAUUUAUAUAGAAAGACAAAUAUUAUUAGAUAAAGAACAGCGAAGAGAGUGAGGAGUGUCAGCAAAGGAAGAGAGAAUGUUAAAAUUUCUGGAAAGGUGAAUCUUGGUAGAAGAAUUGUGGCAACAUGGCCAUCUGAGCUACUAAGGAGAUGUACCACUUCUUUUACAUACACACAGAAUGCUGAACAAAUAUUUCAGUACAUACUGAAGUGCAUUAAAAAAUAAAAGGAUUCUCUAGAU